CACAGACGCGCCGCCGCGUGACAUGAUUGACCUGGACCAGGACCUGCAGCAACCUCCCAGCCUCGACGACUACAACAAUGCCAGCAUCUCUACAUACUUCCGCGACAGAUUGAACGCCACACCGUGGACCGCAAGAUGUGUGAUCGGUCGUGCGUUGUUGAACGACGAAGGGGACGCGAGUUUCGUUUCGGGCAAGGGCAGACAUAUCGCGUCGCGGUCAACGACUCGCAAACUGUCACAGGACCUUUCUUAACAUUGACUCUCCCACAGAAAUCUCUAUGUAUACUCGUGGGACAGGGUGAGUGGUCAAUUCUCACUGUCUCAGUUACUCAGCAGACGGAUUCCUCUUCAGACGUCAGUCAUGAAAGCCUAUCUGUACACAACCCCGGGAUAGCUCCUAUAUAAUGUAUUCACUGGCCAAUAUCCUCGUACUCCAACCUCCAUCAUGCGCACGUAUCUCGUCGUCGGAGCAAGCAGAGGCAUCGGCCUCGCCCUCGUUCAAGAACUGCUCAAGGACCCGACAACCCACGUCCUCGCCACCGCACGCUCCCUCCCCCGCUCGCCCGGUCUGUAUGCCCUCACCUCGUCCUACCCACCGACACGCCUAUCCAUCCUCGAGCUCGACGUAGCAGACCCCGCGAGCGUUGAGCGCGGCGCUGCCAACGCAGCCGCUCUCCUCUCAGAGCACGAGGGACUGGACUGCCUGAUCCACAGCGCGGCGAUGUCGCUGCAGGAACUCGUUCCGUUUGAGCAAGUCGACAUCGCGGCGUUCCACCAAGAGCUCUACACCAACACCGUCGCGCCCCUGCACGUCGCGCGCUCCUUCCUCCCGCUCCUCCGCCACGGACUCAGCGCAUCCGAUGCCGAGACCGCGAAGAAAGUCGUCUUUGUGUCCUCCAGCUUGGGCUCGCUUGAGCUCGCCCCGCAGUCCAUCGGGUUGAGCGAGACGUACUCCGUAACGAAGGCCGGACUCGGCAUGAUCGCACGCAAAUGGGGGGCGAUGCUGAAGGAAGAGGGUAUAUGCACCAUGGUCCUCCACCCAGGCUGGGUCGACACGGACUUGGGUAACACCGUCAACGCAUGGUUCUCCGAGCACCUCCCUGCGCUCCAGAAGAUACGCCCCGCUGACUGCGCGGCGCAGUGCCUGCAAGUGAUCAGGGACGCCCGACUCGAGGAUGCAGUCGCGUUCUAUUCGCACGAUGGGUCAAGGCUACCUUGGUGACUGCUAAGUUGCCUGCAUGUAUUUAUGCCCGGCCGCAGAGUGCGUUGGUAUGUCUCAGAAACGAUCCAUAUCGCGGACGUCGGCGCCCAUCUAUGUAACGUGUUAACUUACGGCUCAACGAUGUCUACUUGG